UUGACUUGCCGGCCGCUCGUAAGGAAGGAACCUUCCUUUCAUCCAACUGUAAGGAAGUCGUCGUCAUAGCAGCUAACUCACAAAAGGAAGACAUUGUGUGCUCUUCUAUUCGUCUCAAAACCAAAUAGCCUGAAAUCAAUUUCCCCAUAACUUAGCAUGGCUGAAUCACUCCUUUUCAGCAUCGCACAGGGUGUGCUAGGGAAGAUAGCAUCACCGGUGCUCCAAGAAGCUGUCGCAAUUUACAGCGUCGAAGAUCAGAUCCGCGAGCUUAAAAAUACGUUGGCUGCUAUUACAGCCGUGCUGUUAGAUGCUGAGGACCAACAGGCGAAGAACAACCGCCUGCAACAAUGGCUAGGUCGACUUCGAGACGUGUUGUGCGAUGCGGAGGAUGUGCUCGAUGAACUCGAGUGUGAAGCCUUACGAAAGCGGGUAAUCAGUCGAUACGGGGGCGUCUCAGAGAAGGUACACCGCUUCUUUUCCCUCUCUAAUCCGGUAAUACUCCGUGCGAAAAUCAGUUAUAGGAUCAAGGAGAUUAGGGAGACAUUAUCUAAAAUUUCCAUCGAAAAGGAUCAAUUCAAUCUUAAUGUGCGGAGUACUGACAGUGGAGUGGCGCCUUUGCGAUCACGAGAGAUGACUUAUUCGUUCAUAAACAAGUUGGAUGUCAUCGGAAGAGAUAUUGAUAAACAAAAGAUAAUUGAGAUAUUGAAGCAGCCAGAUGACAAAAAUCUCUCGGUAAUUCCUAUUGUUGGAAUAGGGGGUUUGGGUAAGACGACCCUAGCUAAAUUAGUUUACAAUGACGACGGUGUGAAAGAACAAUUCGAGUUGCGACUAUGGGUGUGUGUACCUGAGGACUUUAAUUUGAAAAAAACUAUUGACGGUAUCAUCAAAGAUGCAAUUGGUCAAAGCUUGAGUAACCUUGAUAUUCAGCAAUCACAAACCUUUCUGCGAAACACCAUCAAAGACAAGAAAUUUCUGCUAGUCUUGGAUGACGUAUGGAGCGAUGAUCGUAGUAGGUGGGAAGAAUUGAAAGCUUUGCUGAUCGAAGGAGCUAGCGGAAGCAAGAUAAUUGUGACAACGCGCAAUUCAAAAGUCGCUUUUAUAAUGGGUACCCAUCCAACACAUAAUCUAAAAGGUCUUUCUCAUGAAGACUCCGUGGCCUUGUUCAAAAAAUGGGCGUUCGAUCAAAAGGAAAAGCAACCACGUCUUGAUCUCCUUGACAUUGGAAAUGACAUUGUCAUUAAAUGUCAAGGAGUUCCUCUCCUUUUGAAAACUUUGGGGAGUCUAGUUUACACAAAGGACGAAGUACGGUAUUGGGCACAUAUAAGAGAUAGCGAGACAUGGAAGUUAGUGGCAGAAAAAAAUGACAUUCUUCCGGUACUUAAGCUUAGCUAUGAUCAUUUACCGUCCCACUUAAAACGAUGUUUUGCCACAUUAUCUCUUUUUGACAAAGCACGUGAAAUCAAUGGCCAUGAGUUAGCUUGGUUAUGGAAGGGUUUAGGACUCAUUAGUUUAACAGGGGAAGAACAAUCAUUGGAAGACGUUGGUAUUGAGUAUCUCAACGAGUUGUGGAAGAGAUCUUUGAUCCAAGAAGUUGAAGAGUUUGACUUGAUGUUAUCUUUUAAAGUGCACGAUCUAGUCCAUUCUCUUGCAACGAUUGUGGCACAACAUGAUUGCUCUAGUGUUGGCUUAGAUACUACAGAAAUUUCAGAAGGAGUUCGGCAUGUUUCAUUCUCUAGCACUUCAUUAGAGGGAAUCUCAAAUUUCAAUGGAGUUCCACCUUUUCUAAGAAAGCCAACUUCAAAGAGGCUGCGUACAAUAAUAUUUCCCUUUGCCGUUGAUGAUGAAGUUAUAACUAGAGAGUUUGUUAGAGCAUGCAUCUCCAAGUGUAACCACUUACGGUAUUUGGAUUUGGUGGAUGGUAGUUUUGAGGAGCUGCCGAGUUCCAUAUGCAACGUGAAGCACUUGAGGACGUUAUUUCUCUCUGACAACAAGCGAUUGAAGAAGCUUCCAGAUACCAUUUGUGAGCUGCAGAGUUUACAACACUUGUCCCUCAAUGGUUGCUCAGAGCUAGGCGAUCUACCCAAAAAUAUGAAGAGGCUUGUCAGCCUUAGAUUUCUAUCCAUAACAACAAAGCAGAAGAGUCUGCAAAAAAGCGGAAUACAGUACCUGGAAAAUCUGCAAUUUUUGGCACUCGAAGGAUGCCAAAAUCUCGAAGUUUUGUUUGAAGGUGCUUGCCGACUAACUCGCCUUCGACGGUUGAUAAUUUUAGAUUGUGGGAGACCAAUAUCUCUGCCUUUUGGGGAACUAAUCGCCCUAGAGGUCUUGGAAAUUCAAAAUUGCAAGCUCGUGUUGACCAAGGAGAACAAGUCCAACUUUCCUUCUAAUCUUCGUGCGCUGUCAAUAGUACAGUUCGAACAGGUGAUGGAGCUGCUUCAAUGUUUUAACGAAUCUUCUCAUACUUUGGAGUCCUUCACUGUCGGGAAAUGCUUGAGCUUCGUGGCUGUACCCGAAUGGCUGCCCAAUCAUCCAUGUCUAAAAUUUCUUAACUUGAUCAAAUGUCCCAAUUUAUUGUCUAUGCCGCAAGAAAUCCAGUCCCUUGCUGCCCUCAAAAAAUUAUGCAUCGAUGAUUGUGGUGAACUGAGCGAGAGAUGUCGACCAACAACUGGCGAGGAUUGGCCCAAAAUCGCUCACAUUCCUCAAAUUGAACUUGAUGGUGUAAAGGUACAAUGGACGGAGGAUUAGAUGAACUCCCAAAUCUAUUUGCCACGCCAUGAGGGUCUCCGCAAACAUUUGGACGUGCACUCAGCUACUACUCUCUCAAUCUCUUUCAUUUUAAGGGAUGAAAAGAAUGGCCGUUGAUAUUGUACCUUUUUCUUUCGCUCCUUGAAUAAGUGUAGUUCUUCAUCCCAUAUUUGUGUUUGUAUUGCAAAUUUCUCUAUGGAGAGAACGCCGUAUUCGUGUUGUAUGAGACCAACUGUAGCAUUAUCUUUGUUUGAAUAUCCUUAGAGCGAUAUAUAUCUUUCAUUCAUGGAUAGCUAAUGAAAUCACGCCGCACCAUCAAA